CUGAAGGACGCUUCAGUCAGUUAGCAGCUAGCAGUUAGCUUGUCAACCACAGCUCGCUUUUCUGCAUUUGUCUUCGCUAAAAACAACAUUUCUUUGUAAAGUGACUGCGUGCUUAACGUGACAGAGUUUGGACUUUAAUUUAAGGAAACGCCCCCUAGCGUUUCUCCUCCCCGCCAUGUCUCGCAACAACGGCAACAACAACCCGUACAGACGCCCGCCUUCUGACUCCGAUCUCAGACCUGGUCACAGACGGUACGGCUCCUCGGACCGCCACCAAGCCUCGUCGUCGGAGCGAGACUUUUCCAGGCCGUCCUCCAGAGGUGCUGCGUGGUCGCAGGACGGCGCCCUCAGCAUCCUGAGCAGCUGCGGGCUGGAGCCGGCCGACCUGGCUCUGCUGGCCGAGCUUCCCGAAGACGUCCUGACCGUCGAGUCCCUGCCUCAGGUCCUCCGGCAGAUCAAAGGCAAGAGGGGAACCAUCAAACCUUUCCCUUCCACUGCUCCGUCUCCUUCCUCUUCCUCCUCUUCCUCAUAUCCCCCCAGCUCUUCCCGUCUCCCUGCUGUCAACCCCCAACCUUCCUCCUCCGAUGGCGCCGCCGGCGAUUGGAAUCCCCCCCGCAGCCAUCUGCCCCGCUAUCCGCUGGACCCGGAGACACCGGGCCCUGAGACGUCGGAGCUGGACCACUGGGGGAAUCCCAGGACCGGCAGCAGCUCCGGCAGAACUGACCUAACAUCGUCAUCGUUGUCCUCCAGCUACGUGGUGGACUUCCAGCACAGACCCGGACCCUGCGGGUACGGCCAGACGGUUAGAGACUAUAGUCCGGUUCCCUCUCAAGACUUCCAACACAGAACAGGUCUCUCUGAUUAUAACCAGACGGGUAAAGAUGCCGCUCCAGUGUCUCUUCUAGACUACAACCUUAUCUCGGGAACGUCUGUGUUUGGCCAGACCGGCAGAGGCUACGGUCCAGUUUCCUCUCAAGAUUACAAUCCCAGACCGGGAUCCUCUGACUACAGCAAGAAGGGUAAAGAUCCCACUCCAGUUUCCCUUCUAGACUACAACUUUAGCCCGGCACCGCCAGAGUUUGGCCUCUCCGGCAGAGACAACAGUUCAGUUUCCUCUCAGGACUUCCAGCACAGACCAGGCCCCUUCUUCGAUUACGGACAGAUGGGCAGAGAAGGCGCUCCAGUUUCCCUUCUGGACUUGAACUUGAGUCCUGGACCCUCUUAUGGUAAGACAGGCAGAGACGCCGUCCCAGUUUCCUCUCAGGACUACAAUCUUAGACCAGGACUCUCUGAGUAUAUCAGGACCGGUUCAGACAUGGCUCCCGUGGCCCUUCUGGACUACGACCACAGACCAGUGCUGUCUGAUUAUGGUAAGACUGGCCCAGACGCUGGUGCUGUUUCCUCUCAGGGUCCACCCUCUUUCAGCUCAGCAGCGCGACGAGACAAGAGAACUCGUCCUUCCCGUUUCUCUCAGCCGGGCCCGGCUCUGCCUCCUGAAGAGCAGCGCCCGAAUCCUCCCCGUCAGUCUGAGACCUCUUCCAUCCGGAGCAUUAGCAGCAGCAGCCGGACCGCAGCCUCCAUGCCCUCCAAGAAAGAAGCUCUGGACUUCCACGGGGCGUCUCCGCCGACGUUCCCGUACUCGUGCUCUCUGUGUGAUAUCACUGUGAUGUCCAUGAAGGUGUGGGAGAAACAUAUAAACGGGCCUCACCAUGCAGACGGACAGCUUAACCUUCUGCAGCAGUUUCCUAGCUGGGACUGUCGCAUGGAGACAAUCAGCAGCGUCGACAACCAAUCGGAGCAGAGGAAGGAUGAAGAAAAGCCCGCCCAGCCGCCCCAGACGGCCAAACAGAGCUCCAAGCAACAGCCGCAUAAAAAACCCCAAAAGAAGGCGGCAGAGAAAGGUAAAGUGGUGUGUGUGAAGUUCCCAGCUCAGUCCGUUGACGAGGCGUACCUGAGGAAACUGGUGGAACCGUUUGGAAAGAUCGUCAAGAUCCUCAUGUUUCCAUCUCUAGCGUUUGUGGAGCUGGGCUCCGUCGAUCAGGCCAAGGACUUGGUGAAGUUCCACGCCAACUAUCCUCCAACUGUGAACGGAGAGCCGAUGGAAUUCAGCGUCUCCCACACCUUCAACUUCCUCCAGAGUUCCCGGGUGUUGAGUUUCUCUCCGGCUCCGACAGACGAGGACAGCCGAUCGGACCUGUUCACCAUCGUCAAACGCUUCGGAGAGCCGCUCUACACGCUCUUCCUGCCGUCUAAGGCGUUUGUAGAGAUGAAAAAUACUCCGGAUGCUCAAAAGCUGGUGGAUUAUUAUUCCUCCAAAGGUCUGAAGAUCAACAAUAAAGUCAUCAACGUUUCCUUCUCCGGAGAGUACAAGAGUCUGAUGCGGGUCACUUCAGCCAAGAGGUACGAAGAAGGAAUGAGUUUGGGCAAGAGGACGAGAAGUCUGAGCAGAGAGAAGGAAGACAAGACGACAGAGACCAAGAAGAGGAAGAGCAGUAGAGACAGAGAGGAGGAGAGAGCGGAGGAGAGGAAGAAGGAGGAGGGAGAGAAACCCAACAGAGAUGAGAAGUCCAGGUCUAAGUCCAGAGAGAAAAACAGCAGAGACAGAGAGGAAGAGAGGAAGAAGAAUGAGGGAGAGAAACCCAGCAGAGACAAGAAGUCCAGGUCUAAGUCCAGAGAUAAGUCCAGUAGAGACAGGAAGUCCAGGUCUAGGUCUAAGUCCAGAGAUAAGUCCAGUAGAGACAAGAGGACCACAACUAAGUCUGGAUCCAGAGAGAAAUCUAAAGAGAAGUCCAGCAGAGACCGGAAGUCCCGUUCUAAAUCCAGGGAUAAAUUCGGCAGAGACACGAGGGCCAGGGCCAGAACCAGGUCCAAGUCUGGAGAAAAGUCGACGAAAGAAGAAAACCCCAGAUCCAGAUCCAGAGAUAAAUCUAAAGAAAAGUCUGACCGAGACAGGAAGUCUAGAUCUAACUCCAGGUCCAGAGAAAAGUCCUGCAGCAGGGACUCUGGGAAGAACCGGUCCAGCGAAAAGCCUGAGACGAAGGCCUCCGAGUGCAGGACUGAUCCUGAUCCUGUCAGAGACUCCAAACCUGAAGCGGAAGACAAAGAGGAGACGGAGGAGGAAGCAGAGUCGUCUGCAGAGGAGAGCGACAUCGAGGGGAUGGAGGUGAUCGGAGAGGAUGGAGAGAGCGUGGAGGAUGAAGAUGUGGACACUCUGGGAGACGUUGAUGUAAAGGAGGAGGAAGAAGAGGAAAACAUCUGUCAAACAGAGACAAUAGACUCACCUGAACAAGAUAAAGAAGAGGAGGAGGAGAUGAAGAAUGGAGAGGCUGGCAAACAGGAGAAAGUAACGGAGGAGAAGAAGGUGGAAGAGGACGGAAAGGAGGAAGAGGAGGAGGAAUCUAUGGAGGAGGAAGGAGAGGAGAGUCGGCUGGAGGAUAACAGGGAGGAGCGAGAUUUCCCAGUCGACCUGGAGAACUGCAUCACUCUGGAUGAACUGGGAGAAGACCAGUCCCAAGACGAUACCGGUGAAGAAGUCAAAGAUAAACACAAAUCUUCUUCCUGGUCCGGCCGAGUGGUUUUCUUCAACAACAUCCCGCCGCUUCCCUACAGCGACGCCAGCUUCCUCAGUCUGGUCAAAGGUUUGGGGACAGCCGUCUACUUUUACAGGGUCCCCCGAAGCAACAAGGCUUUCAUCGAGAUGUCGACUUCUUCUGAGGCUCGGAGAGUUGUUAAUGAGCUGGCCUGUCAGCGAGUCGUGAUCAACAACCACAGAAUCUGUGCCUACAUCUCCACCACGUACAAGAGACUCAGCGAGGGUCUACACAGUUGGCCGGUUCCAGUGGUCGAGGACAAGGACGAUAGGAAGGAGAGCAAGAAGAGCGAGAGACGAAGCAGGGACAAGUCUGACGAGAGGAAGUCUACGGGGAGGAAGGAAUCCUCGAAGAAGACUCCAGAGAAAGAAUCCAUGUCUAAGAACACACCAGGGAAAGACUUGUCUAAAGAGACUCCAGAGAAAGAGUCCAAGUCCAAAACUGUCAAAGAGAAAUCUUUGACAGGAGUCAAAGAUUCUUCUCUGGAGUCACAGACUCCAGAGAAGAAGCCAGAAGUGAAAAAGACUCCAGAAACUGAACCUGUUGCCAAAGCCGUGUCAGAAAAGACCACCAGAACAAGACCGGAGAAAGACUCGGGCAGUAAAACCACUUUAGAAAAAGAAUCUUUGUCUAAAACGAGUCCAGAAAACAAGGCGUUAAAAAGAAAAAGGACCCACGAGGAAGACUCUGUGACUAAAAAGAAAGACAAGAAAGCCACUGAGAAGAGUGAAGAGACUCCGGACAAAGAAAAGCUAAAGAUCCAUGAAAAGGACGGAUCGACUGAGGAAUGUCCAGAGAUGGACGAGUGUAAAGCCAAAAAGACUCAAGUGAAAGAAGAGUGUGAGGACAAAGAGAUAUCAGAGACAGAGGAGUGUAAAGACAAACCUCCUUCUAAGGACGUAUGUAAAGGCAAAAAUACUCAGGUGAAAGAUGAGUGUGAAGACAAAGAGAUUUCAGAGACAGAUAAGUGUAUAGACAAACCUACUUCAAAGAAGGAUGUAUGUAAAGGCAAAAAUACUCCAGAGAAGGGUGUAUGUAAAGGAAAAACAACUCAAGUGAAAGACGAGUGUGAGGACAAAGAGAUUUCAGAGACAGAUGGGUGUAAAGAAAAACCUACUCCAGAGAAGGACGUAUGUAAAGGCAAAAAGACUCCAAAGUCCCCUGAAGUUAAGGAGGAGACAUCUGAACCAGACUCUACUGGAGAUUCUCUUAAAAAGACGCUGGCUAAAAGUCUUCAGAAUGCUGCUGCUGUUGGGCUGCCGGACUCGGAGCAAGAGCCUGGACCUGCAGGGGGCUCUGCAGAGCUGCAGGACUCGGGGCAAGAGCCUGGACCUGCAGGGGGCUCUGCAGAGCUGCAGGACUCGGGGCAAGAGCCUGGACCUGCAGGGGGCGCUGCAGAGCUGCAGGACUCAGAGCAAAGGCCUGGACCUGUAGGGGGCGCUGCAGAGCUGCAGGAACCCACCAGACCUGUUGGAGCGGAGUUUAUUCGACCGGUUGUUGGUUACUUCUGUAACUUGUGUCAGCUGAUCUACGCUGAUGAGGACGAAGCCAAACUGCAGCACUGCAGAAGCCUGACACACUACAGGAAGUACCAGGAGAAGACGGGGAAAGAUCCGUGGACCAACACCACAUGAUAAAAAACACACAGACUUUGAUUCUUCUUGUUGUGGAACUUGUAUCAGCAUCAGUUUGAAUUAAGUUAAACAAAUGUCUGCAGCAGGAACAUCAGAAGAACACGUAGUUUUGAUUUGUUAAAGAUAGAGAAUACUACGGCAGUUUUAAAAGCUGCCGUGGAAACAUCUGAAGCCACUUAUUUCUGUUCAAAUGAAUAUUUAAGUUUUGUCGCAUGAAUGUUUUAUUUUGAAAGACUGUAAAACGACUUCCUAAUAAAAGAGUUUAAACUA